UUAAAAAAAUCAAAAAAAAAAAAAAACAAACUUCUGUGCAAGCACAAUUACGUGCGUGCAAGAAUAUACCUGUACGAUCUCUCCCUACAUUACCACCCACUGCUGCGCCGCAACGCAGCUGCAGCAGGUGUGUGAGUGAAAAAAAAACUUCAAGAACAACAAACGCACAAAAGCAAAAAAAUACAAAGUCAGCCGCCAAGAGCGCACAACAAACAAAAACACACAAAAAUAAAGUCAACGAAAUUAAAUUACAAAAACAAAAAUCAUGGCUGUUGUCUUUUAUAUGCCCGAAGGCGGUGGCGAUGACACGGCAUCAUCAUCAAGUGGCGGUCACAGCAGUACGGGCAGCGGCAGCGCUGCCUCAUCGACGUCACAAUCGCCAAAUACCACAACAUCGGCAACGCAAACGCCAAUGCAGAGUCCGUUAGUGCCAAAUCCCUAUAUGGUAGCCCUGUGUGAGGCGUUGCUGUAUCAAUCCAUGAAUAAUCCUCCCGCCUUCCAGUAUCCCCCACCAGCCAGUCCCUGCUGUCCUGUGCACAGCCCUUCACCAUUUACCGGCGGAAGUGUUGGUGGCGCUAACGGUGAGGUUUUCUUUCCCAUCAGUCGCAGUACGCCACGCACUCCCCGCACCAGUGUCAGCUUUGCUGCUGGCGAGGAGAAUACAUUCUUUCGGCAUCACAAUAUAAGUGGCGGUGGUGGUGGUGGCUGCAGCAGCAGCAGCGCAACACACCUCCAGCCCCCACAAUCAGCACCAGCCAUGCAACAGAGUAGUCACAAUAAUGCGCAUAGUCAGACAGCACCACAACAAUACCAACAAUACACAUAUCCAUAUUAUCAGUACACACCACCACCGACGCCGCUCACUGCCAACGCGAGUACAUGUACCGGCGGUAAUUUGUUCAACGGUUCAACGGAAGCGACAACACAUCAGCGCACUUGUGUAGCAUCAACAUCGACAGCAACAGCGUCAACAUCAACAGCAGCAUCGACAUCGUCGUGUGGGGCAAAGGGACAUGCGCGAUUGCAUCGCAGCUUGUCGGAUGCGCAAAAGCGCUCGCGCCGCUCAUCAACGAACGCAAACGAUGAUGAACGUGAAUGUCACAGCGAGCAUGAGACCAGCUGGGACGAGUUCGAUGAUCGUUAUGAGAAUUUUACAGCUGGCCGUGAACGUUUACAAGAAUUUAAUGGACGAAUACCGCCGCGUAAGAAGAAAAAGGAUGUGCCAAAAUCGAGGGCAGAGAGGAAGCAAUUUAAAGCCUUCAUCUGGCCCACUGUCGUUACAGUCAUCGUUGUCGCUAUGGGUUGUGGCUUCCUUGUGGCGCGAUGAGCGCCUAAAAUGAGAAGCUUUAACAGCGUUAACAGCAGCAAUACUUACAAUAACAAACACUAAACAUGUAAGCAGCAGAAAAGCAAUGCAAAUUAAACAAAUAUUUACACUUAAAAAAUAAUAAUAAUAAUUAUAAAUAAAGAUUUGAGAAAAAAAAAACAAAUUAUCAAAAAAUGCAUAUCGAAAGUGUUAAAGUAAUCCCCGUUACGUGCGGAAUGACUGCAUUCGAAUGAACGAGUAAGAAAUGAAAAUUAAGUAUGAAAAAAUCUACGCUGGAAUUGUGGAAUGAGUUAGUUUGAAAUGAAACGAAUGAAGCACGCGCGUGGAAUGAGGCGACAUAGACGCCGGGCGCAAGAGAGUGAGCACAUCGACAAGCACUUGACUGGGUGCUGUUGUUACUCAGGCAAUUGGAAAACUGAUUUGCGAGAAUCAAGUCGAAUAAAAGCGUUAAAAAAUGCUGAGAACAAGUGGAACGCAGUUGAUGGGGAACAUUUUGGAGCAGAGAUCAAGUAAAAGAGCAUUAAAGAAACCGAAUUUUUUUAUUCAAGUAACAACGAAGCUUUUCUUACACAAUAUCAAAAUAAAAAAAAA